CCUUGACGCCCAACACACUGACAACUUUCAACGAGCAGUUUGCAGGCUUAUCGCACAACUCUCCUGAGGCGUCGUCCAUGCCCAUAUUUUUGGAGAGAACGCACGGCGCACCCGUAGAGGAUGCCGAGAGUCACGAAAACGAGCCAUGGGACAACAUCUACUCCGGAACAAGUGUGUGGCGUUGGCCGAUGGAAGUCUUGUAUCAACGGUACCAUUUAUUGAUAGCCAUUGAUUUUGGGGUUUCGAUCGUCGGUGUUUCGAGGAAUGGAACGGUGCUGGUUGACAAGGUGCCGUUUGCCAUCCAAUCGGUGUUGGAUGUAGUUAAAAAAACGAUGCAAACGCGUGAAAAGGAAAAAAAUGAAAUAAAGCAUUGGGUCGACAUGCACGUGGAGGAGUCAGAGCGUCAUAACAUCCUUCGGCAAGUGUGGAACCCCCGAAUUGAUAUUUCCAUCGUCCUGAUUAAUUUGCCCGGGGUGGAGGGGAGUGCGCCGACGUCCGUUUCUUCAAAUUUCUUCUCAUCGGAGACAGGCUGCGCGGCUGACGUGGAGGGACAUCAUGCGCACCUGUUUCCGGCGGGUGCGUUGCCGUUUCCUGCAUUUGAGGGCGAAUUCCCCGGUGAUGCACACUGUCAUCCUCACUUGGUUCCCUUGUUAACACGCUGUGACGCGGGGUUGGUGCUGAGCGACGAAAGCUUUUUGCCUCGGUUGGAAAAAAGAUUGAGAGCCCAUGAAGAGGCAUGCUGCUCGCGACUGGUUGGUGCUUGGCCUGAGAAGAGUCUGUUUGCCACCAUGGAGCAUCUUAUUCGUUUGAUUCCAGAGCGCUCUGCGCAUUGCACGAGUCUUGUACUUAUUGGUAAUGCCGAUAAGGGUGGAUCGCAUGAUAGUGUUUCAUUGCUGGAAAGCUCUGUGAGAAGGAAAAACAUUAUUCUUUCUCUCUUAUUUCUGAACGAGACGAAUCCGUUCUUUGAUUCAAGUAUGAAUGCCUUGUCGCAGUUCUUGUCGGCCGUUGGGGGCUUUGGUGCUUAUUUCAAUCAAUGGCUCUCACUGGCGGUUCCAAGGCCUAAUAUCGACUGGUGUCGUCGUUUUGGGGGCCCACGUUGCUUGGCCCAACAAUUAUUUGUGCAACUGGACAACAAAUUUCCUGUAAGCGUGGAUCAUGUUUCGCAGAAUAUGCCCACAACAGCUGCUGACCGGGCUGGUGAUUGUUGUGUCCUGUACAACUCUGACAAUGUUCUUGAAGAUUUUACUCUGUUGCGUGUAAGUGAUGUUACAUCUGUACUUCGUUGUGUGGCGGAGGCCCGAAUCAAUGAGGGGUGGAGUGUUGUGAUGAAUCACAGCACAGAGAACCCUCAUGUUGCUCAUCUAUAUGCUCGUUUUCAUUGCCAUCCUCGACGUGGAAAGCUUUUUAUUUUGUACGAGAUGGAAAUUACUCAUCCGGUAGUAUACCGCCGUGUGGUGAUCUCUGGCUCAAAGGACCUUGUGGAAUACUUUGUGAGGGCGAAGGGUGACGACGGGACUGUCGUGCCCACACAGACGGAGAAGAAAACAGGGUGGUUGAUGUACCUUGCAAUAUUGCGCUCUCAAUUGCGUCAUUGGAUGCGUGCAGAGCAGGUGGCUCUCCAGUGUCUGUUGGCUUCACAGCCAAUCCGCCGGCCCCUUCUGAAGGACAUUCAAGAGCUUUCGUUCUCUGAGGGAGUUUCUGCAGGGUGGUCCGCACACUGCAGUGUUCGCUCCAUUGGGCUUUUCUUUCGGUGGGAGGAUGGUCUGUUGCACUUCUUGGACCCCUGUGGAGGGGGAGGGUCAUGGGGCAAGAUGCCCUCCGUUUCGGUGUUGGCGCGUCGAGUACUUGUAGCGGCUUUACGCAGGAGGCAUAAGCUUCUGUUGCAGGAUGAACCCAACGUGUUCUUGUCCCUUGCCAGCAAUGAACGCUCUUGUUAUGUUGUUCAGGUGUUUUUGCUGGAUAACGUGUCUGCAAAUGGUUACGAGGGAUGUGUGGCUGCAGGUUUUGAGUGCCGCUUCAGUUUCUUUCUGACGGGCGUUGACGAAGAAUUACAGGCGCUUGCAGAUGUUAUCGCCGAUGUGAGGGCAGGUGUUUCAGCCACCCGAAGCGUGGCUGUUGGGGAGACGAGUUUCACUCUUGCAGUGGAGGCAGGCAUCGACGAGGCGAAUGCGCGGGCUCUCCACCUUACUUUCUGUACUGUUUUGCCGCGACGACUGGAUCUGAUCGCCAGCCACAUUGAGCCGUCGCCAUGUGGCCGAAACGUUGUCUCGAAGGAGUUGAGAGGCCGCAGGGCACGGCAUUUGUAUUCAUCCGUGGAAGUGUCACGGGGGGAAGAAAUGCGGACCUUUCGGCAUCUAACAUCUCGCUGCUUUUUGACGCCAUAUUUGGUGAGUCCGUGGGUACUCUUUGACGCUAUUGCCUUUCACUGGAUGAUUGGAACUGCUGAGAUGUGGAGGACAUUUGCUGCGCCUUCUUUCAGUAUCUUUGUCGCACGCCGUGUUCGAGAUGGUUUUCGAUUGCUGCAUUGCAUGGGGUGUUGCAAGGCGAUACUUUAUGCCACUCGAUUGUGCGGUGGGUGCCAUGCGGUGGAAAUAUUUGACGUCAUUGAGGCGCCCUUGGAGGGUGGGAGUGGCGAUCUUCCGGCGCAGGUGAUGAUUGACAGGUUCAUACGCCCCUUUGAAUUUGCUGUCUCUUCUUUGUACGGACAUGAACUGACCGCGGAUAUUUCAGAGGAUAUUCAAGUUGCCACGGUACUCCAUACAUUCAAGGUGUUUUCCUCUGCGCCAUUAACCGCGGCAGUUGAUCGACAGGUCUCUUUGAAGGGUUUGGAAGGAGGAUUCGUCCAACUUUUUCCGCGGCUGGAGUCACUUCUUCCAUUUCUGUCAGCUAGACAUGCUCACACCGUUACUUUGCGUUCACUUCCCUCAAUGGGAGGAAAGGGUGAUGACGAACUUCGAGAGGCGGUGGCUCUUUUUGUUUCAUCGCUGGGGGAUCGUUCAGCGGCAGUUGAUGCAUCAGCCCUUCCUGAGGGUUUGCGGCAAAAACUCUGUUGCUUAGACGAUUUGGAUGAAAGUUCAAAGGGGCAAAAUCCGUACUUUAUUUCGGUACUUAUGCCGAUCGAAUGCAAUUAUUUGACCUUUCUUGUGGUGCCUCGUGUGUGCCAUGACACUACAUUGAGGAGAGCACGAGGCGUUAAUGUCCAUGUUAUUUCGUUAGGCACCACAGCUCUUUUCAGGGGUGUGAUCCGACUGUAUGGUAGGUCGGGUGAGGAGGAAGAGGACGUGGAUGGGCCGCGCUCACCCGACUCUUCCGCCUCAUUUUUACUGAACGCCCUGAACAAAUUGCUGGUUUCCUUUUGCUCGCUUUACCAGGCCUGGCGACUUCUUGAGGAGCGGUGCGACGGAGUGGAUUGUCAGGCUGCUGAGGAGGCCGUGGCUGCGCGGGAUGUUCUGCAGACUUUUUCUGCGUUUCAGGACUACUGUAAGGAAGUGGACAUUUCUUACCUGCUUUACGUCCAGGAGAGUAAAUGGAGGGAUCACGACAGUGGCAUCGCACUUCAAGAUGGUCUGCGCUCGUUGAUCGCGUCGAUGGUGCGCUCUGUGUGUCUUCGACCCUUGCCGACAAAUCCCGCCAUUUUCCUUCCGGUGAACGGGAAAAUCCACCGACACGCCGAGCAGAUGGCGGGGGAUGUUGCAGCGACGAACACUUUAAAGGCCCUGCAAUCCGGGAGUGCUGAUUGUGAGGAUCCCGCAACACUUCCGUUCCUCAUGAGGAUCGCGCUGUUUCUCGUCUCGGAGGAUGGCAGGGACGUAGAUUGCGUCAGCGUCCUCUCACCCGAGCACAGCUUAGAUGAGCAGAGUGAUGCAUAUAUGUCUUUCUGGUCGCCCAUUGCUUCCGAUGAGGCGCUGCGUGCCUCCCAAAGACGACUUCUGCUGCGUUUCUUUGUAAAGACCGCUCCCAGGCAGCUGGUGGAUCUCUCGCGCGACAGGUACAAUCCACCAGCGGAGGUGACACGACGAAUAUUUGGAGAACUGUUGCGCGAUCGGCCAGAGAACCAGGUGGACGAUGCGGAGAUACCACCACGCUUUUUCGCCAAGGAAUCUUCUGUGAAGGAUUUGAGUUUACUCUUCAGGCAGGCCUUGCCGUUCGACGAGCUGCCGAAGGCGGUUCAAGGCUUUUUUGAUGUACUUGCAUCGGACCUCGCUAGGAGUGUGGCGUGCCACUGCCUGAUGGAAUGCCUGCACUCGGCACCGUUCGAGGCAUUGCGUUUUCUCGUUCAGGGUGAGGUGACAAAUACCAGGGCAGCACCUUCCCUCACCGGCUUUGAGUGUGACAAUAAAAAUGACGGCAAAAACAGCAACGAUGGUGAUGAUGAUGAAGAUUUGGACCGAGAGGCAGGUUAUUUGCGUGAGUUGGCACAAGAAUCGCAGGAGGUUCUGAAUGCCGUCCCAAAAAUUUCCGGCCUUGCGGAACUGUUGGCUUUCGCCGUGUCACCUGCCCUACUUAGUGCUCCCUGCUUUGAGGCUGAUUCAUUUACCGUGGAGUUUACGCAGCAGCUCUCGAUUAGUUGUGCUGUUAGUCCUGCGUUGGCCCUUUCGCAUGUCUUCCAGCGUUGCCUGGCGGAUGAUUUAGUCUGUGUUUUUCAGGCCACUUCCUCAAGUUUCCUUUUUGUGCCGAAUAAGAAACACUUUGCGCUACGGUGGAUUUUUAUUUGCGUGACGGCCGACGCACGUGACGAUGCUCAACGGGUGUGUCUUUUGUUUAGCGAGCACGAGGGAGACUUCGGUGUGUGCCGACAACUUUGCGAAAAUCUUCGUCGACUGAUCGAGGCGAAAAUAAGGGAGGUCUGUCAGUUGCACCUUUUAAAGCAGUUGCGAGAUACUCAGAACGCUCAGAAUGAAUGGAUGCCGCGCAGCUGGGGAGACCAAUUCUCUUCUCUGCCAUCCAUUGCCAGUGGGAAUCAAGAAUCCACAGCGUCACUGCCAGCUGCAUUUUACUGUCGGGGAUCGACUGUUCUGAAGUUGCCCAUCUACUAUAAAUUGCAGCAUCAGUGCAAGAAGAUACUUUCACGCAUUACGAGUAAUUGCUCCAGGCUCGAGCUCAUCAAUAUCUACAACCGGGAGCAAUGCUUCGUGGUGGCGGAUGACGUUCAGACGGACGUGUUUCACUUCAUCCGCCUCGUAUUUGUGAGGGACACUGCGCAUCUACCCUCAUUAACAGUCCCAUCACCUUCACUUUCCCCCGCCACCCGCUGCCCUCUGAUGGUGGUACAGUUGUUUGGCUCCACCAAAAAUGCGCUCGUGAAACGUCCUCUCCGCAAGCUGCAGGAUUAUUGCUUUUUUUUGGCGAUACAAGAACUCCAGGGACACCUGAACUAUGUGCAGCACAAACUGAUAUCCAGAGUGGACCUUAUUUUUCUGCAGUGUCGCCGUCGUGAUCCCGUCAUUGUGGACCUGGUGCAAUUUGUGGAGGGUGAGCCAGUGCAGCCGUUGGAUGUCCGGCUCGCUUUUGCUUUGGUCGCUUUGGGUCUCAAGGAGAACAAGUUCAAGUCGUUUCACGUUCAGGAUGGUGGAAGCGCUGCCAUGAGCAACUUUGCGGAAUAUUAUGGGCUUGUGGAGGAAGAGAGAGGAGAUGGGGGAGGAACGGGUGGCAGCAGUCCGCGUGUCUCUUAUCCCAGGGAGAUGGAGACGCAUGGAACAGAAACAACAUCACUCCUGCCAACGACAAUUAUACGCUUUGUGAAGGUCAUGGAAGGUGCGACAGACAUGCUUGUCUCUUGCAAUCUUCGUGUGACCGACGGAUCGCAGCUUGUGGUCGACCGCUUUCUAACAAAAAUGCCGGAAGAACGGUAUACGCCAGGUGGAUCCGAGACGACAUACCUCGGGCAGAUUGAAGACGUUGUGAGAGAUGCGGUGCUGCAGUGGCGGUUUUUUGCCUUCUCGAAGCGUUUUUAUGUCCUGCCUUCUUGCCAGUUUUUUUCUGCUGUGGAGGAGUUAAUGGCAUAUGGCGCGGGCGUGACGUCGACGGAAUCAUCCACGCUUCGUUUUAGAAACUUUUCUUUGAGUCGUGUCAGUCACGCUGUGUUUCCCUUUCUUGUUGAGCGUCUUGUGGGUGUGUUUGAGCCCUUUUCUCCAAUUUGUUUGCUGAAACGACCAAAUGCUCCGCCGUUGCACAUUGCCGGUUUUCCAUGGCGGUGGAUUGAGCAGAUGCAGAGGGACUUGCAGGCGGAGCAAAUCGAAGUUUACCUCACUUGCGGCUACCGUGUCAGGAUGGGUGGUGAGCAAACAGGGGAGGAGCUGGCGGUAGCAGCAACUCGUGCCGUGCAGGAGACACAUCCAGACCUCCCCGUCAGUAGGGCGACAGUGCUGACGCAGAGUCCGUUACUGAGGGAAUACAAUAUAGAAGCGGGAAUGCCAGCGGAACCCCGCGUGGUGGCGCGCAUUUCCCUUAGUGGCGGGGUGACAGCCGCCCUUUUCAAUCUGCGGGACUCCGAUAUUCUGCUGCGCCUGAUGGGGCACGUUAUCGCCAUGGCAGAGCAGCAGUCUGACCUUCUUCAUGACAUUAUGGCUCAGAGAAUGGGACUUUCUCUCCCAUCAUACCUAACGGAGCCGGCACUGGCGCGUUCUUGCUGUGGUGAUGACAACAAUGUGACGGAAGGAAAACGGUUGUGCAUUCAAGAUGAAACUUACCGAAGACGUAUUAAUCAUGUGCGUUUUCCACCUCAGCACGCGGUGGGUGGCGAUGCCUUGACGGUUAUUGUGGAGGGGCUGUUUAACCGCGGCCUUUUAGUGAAUGGAGUCUUUGUGGAAGAUGAUGCAAUCCGCGUGCUGUACAACGAAUGCCCCCAGUAUUCCUUGAAGGAGUGUAAGCGAAUCCUGCAGGGAUUGAUGAGGGACGGCCUGCUUGUGAUGGCACCUGGAGCAAAUAACCGUCGUUUGGUGCACUCAAACCGUAUUCCCGAUGAUGCGCUCAUCGGCUGUGACUUUCAUAGACACAUACAGACUGCCCACAUUCUAGUGGAGUCGCAGCACGCGCGUUCGGGUAUUAUCGAUUCACUUUAUGACUGUGAGUCGUCUUUGAAUGUAUUUUCGCCAGAGAGCGAGAUAUCCCUGGCCAAAUUGGUUGUACUUCUCCAGGGACGAAGCAGGCAAAUAUUUGGGUCCCGUGUGCGGGACUUUACCCUCCCUCGCCGUCUGCCGUGGUGCCUCUCUGACGAAAUUCUUGAUCCAUCUUUGCCACCGAGAGGCAGAAUUGGCUCCGAAUACCGUUUGUCUGUGGAUGCAACUCUGCAGUCGUACGUGCAGUAUCUUCUACGCGUAUUUCCGAGGGCACGCGUCAUUGAUCUGGACGCCAACAACGCCAUCGUAUCAUCCGAUGCGACACUCCUGCACCGUUUUCGUUGCCGUUACGGUAAAUUUAUUUCUCCAGACGGGAGUGAGAUACGUUUUGUUCCUCAUUUGUACUAUGUGCUGAUUCCUAUUGGAGACGCUGAGCGCAUGCAACGGAACGAUUACGAGCUUGCGGCAACCGCCACACUUAGAAGGGGAGGAUUGUUUGUUGUGCAAGUAGGGUUCCAAGUCGCUCAUUUUGCCAUUGACGUAUUCAUGGCCAGUGGUGGAUCUCUCUCUGCUAGUAUGGCCGCCCUCGCCGCCGCAAAGCUUAAACGUGACCUUAUUUUUAGUAGUGUUCUUUAUGAUCUGACAGUGAAUCGCAUGCUACGUUACGUGCAGAUGUAUGCGUCGCUCCUAUUCGGUCAACUUUUGACAUCCGAUGCCCUUGAGACUCUUGUGCAACAUUAUCCAAAUCCGCCAUGCGAAAGUCUCAACUUUGUCUGUGUGUUUGAUGUGGAGGAAUCAUGCGUGCGCCGGGCGCGGAAAAUGACGGCAAAAAACUCAUCCGAAGGCCCGGACAGCAACGGUAUGAGACAAUUGAUUCCCAGACAGGGCGAGCUACUCCUGAGGGAAUCCACGCAGGAAAGAUACCACUACUGUGGGGUGAUGGUCUGGGCAACGUCUCGUCUGUUCGUGUUGCUUUCUACCGUCCGGGACGUCACCACAUGCGAUCGUUGCCCCAACAGUGAUCUUCCCAAGCUGGCCCUCUCGGCCAAACGCCAGCUGCUCCAACUGCUUCUGGACGGCAUGCUCCAGCAGCGGCUGGAUUUUGCAUGGGGGAAAAUACGCGCAUCUCGGGGUGAGAAAAUGAAGCCACAAUAA